AAGAACUGGAGUGUCCGAAAUGGCGUCAGCAAGGAUUCAAAGAUGGUUCCUCAAGUUAUCUGGCUACCAUUACACUUUCAGGCAUAAACCAGGAAUCAUGAAUGGUAACGCUGAUGGAUUGAGCAGAUUGCCAUUAAGGGGACAGCCAGAUGUUUUAGAGGAGUCGCCACCACCCGAAGUUGUUAGUCUCUUGCAUCGGUUGGAAGUUCUCGAAAGUCCUGUAUCCGCAGACGAAAUCAAACGGUGGACACGUGAAGAUCUUGUACUAGCGAGAGUGUUGAAAUACGUGCUGCAAGGAUGGCCCGCUAACUUACUAGGUGAUUUUGCAGACGCAAUGAAGCCGUACAAAUCUAGGGCAAAUGAAUUGUCAGUGCAAGAUGGUUGUGUUCUGUAG